AUGGCACUCGAGGGCCCCCUUCGGUCGUCUAUCGGAAGCCAAAUAUCUAGCUAUUCCCAUCACAACGACAUUUCGAUCUCAUCUCCCGACAACGGAUCGUUCCAGUCUCAUUUUGCCAGCAUGUCAUCGAACGCUUCAGACCGCUCCAACCCCAACUCCCUCCGACCAUCUUCCAUUCAAAGGGUCCCGUCAACCAAUUUAAACCUCAUGAGUCCAAGUGAUAUUGUUGGUCCUUCGCCUGUAACGUCGACUGGUACGGAAACUACCGAGAUCGACGACGAGGAAGCGGACGAAGUUCAACAAGCUCGUACUAUGCAUACCAACCCAACGCCACAUCCCCAGCUCAUGAUGCUCUCUACCAAUAUUCCCGACGAUGUGCGGCAGAGUAAUAGCGACGAGGCUGUCUCGGUCAUACAUGCGCCAGAAAGCUUCCACAGCUGGGUUUCAGCGGAGCCGACGGUGAAGCCGGAACAGACCAGCGAACGGUCGUCACCCAAAACCGAUACAAUGAGCCUUCCUUCCGUGACCGAGAAUGCAAUCAAGUCUAGGUCACCUGGGCUGCCUACUCCUCCUCCCCUCUCGACCGACAUCAGACCUGUUAGAUACAGCCUAGACAGCGCAACACCCCGCGCCCAAGACCUGCAAGAUAUGCUAAAUGAGUCUUCCCGGCUCAGGUCUAGCAGCACAAGUAGCCUUGAAAAAAUCGACGAAGGUAGAGAGGUAGAGACCGAUGCCGAAAACUACGACGACGAUGACGACGAGCCCUUCACCCCCCCCGCUCUGCUCCGAGAAGAUUCGGAGAUUAGAGCGUUACGAACCGCCCUCCAGGAGUGUUGGACUCUUUGCAACACUCUGGCCAACCUGAGCUCAAUUCAUCGUACAAGAAUGUUCAACAGCUCGGGGACACCUGACGCACACGAAAAGGCAUGGAUGGCAUGCUGGAAGCUGUGCCAGCGUUUGUAUGACAAUAGAGACGAGGACGUUUACGAUCACCACGUGCGAGAGAACCUUGAUCUAUGUCGCGACUUCUGCCAGUCACUCUUCGAUGUCCGGCAAAAGAAGGAUGAAGUCGCCGACUCUGUCUUGCGGGUUAGUUUCGAACUCAACAACCAUCUAUACAGCGCUCAGGAUAUUCAAAAUCUACCAGAGCCCUUCCGCGAGCGAACUUUGGAUUUCUACAUCACUCUUUGUCAUCGGCUGAUGAAGCAGCGAAGCGAGCUGGCCGAUGAAACCGACUCUUUAUUGAAGGCAUGUUGGUCUCUUGCCGAAAUGCUAUUCAGCCUAAGGCAGAACAAGCGCGAUGGCAGAGCGCCCGAUGAGGAGCUCCUGGGCUCGGCUGUUCAGGCCUGCUGGGAACUUUGUGAUUUGUUCAGAGAUGGGUGGACUCAGGUUCGACCAGACCGAAACACCCCACGACCGAGCCAGACCAGCUUUUUUGGUCACCAACAACAGUACGAUCAGCCCUCUCGUGGCGAGAGUAGAGCCUCAAACCGCUCUUCCUAUUCGAAGAGAGAAAGCCACAAGGGUCUGUCGGAAGAACGACCCCGAAAACCUCCACCAGUCCCGGAAACUCCCGUUACAGAGUUCGAAGACACGCCCAUUUCCCCUGAGAGCUCCUCGCCUCGGGCCCCAAACAUUCUCGUUCUAGGCACAACGUCAGACAGCGGACGUGGUCGAUGGUCGAGCUCCGCUUCACAGCUUUCAAGCUAUUCGCAGAGUAGCAACAAGACCUCGAGUACGGCGACGACCACAACGGCUGGAGAAGACAGCAAUAGCGGCCGCAUCAAGGCCUUGAUCAUCAAAGCGGCCAUGAACGUCGGUUUUGCCCGAGACCCGGCCCUCGACAGCAAGGCUGAGAAAGCAGCCCUACAGGCCUUCGUCAAGCACAUGCCCACUGGGUCAUUCGGGUCUCUGCCGGCACACUCGACCCUUCUGCAGCACUACAAGAACCUGGUCCAGGCUGACUCGUCGUUCCGGGGAUCAUCGCUGCUUCCAGCCCGUGGGAAACGCAUCUCGGCGCACGAUAUGGCCAAGAGUGUUCACUAUAUGUGCCAGAGGGCCACCCAGUAUGGCUUCUUGCGCGACCUCUAUAAGCUGGUGUUCGGCUUCCCACCGGAGGAAGGUGAGUCAAGGAAGUCGACCACGAUCGCCAUUUAA